UUUGCUCCCAGUUUUCCCGGGGAGUUUACGCCAUAUUCGGCUUCUACGACCGAAAGUCCAUGAACACGCUGACCUCGUUCUGCGGCGCCCUGCACACUUCCUUCAUCACACCCAGCUUCCCCAUCGACGCCGACGUGCAGUUCGUCAUCCAGAUGAGACCCAGUUUGAGGGGAGCCGUGCUCAGCCUGCUGGAUCACUACAAGUGGGAGAAGUUCGUCUAUCUUUACGACACUGACAGAGGUUUUGCAAUCCUCCAGGCCAUAAUGGAGUCUGCUGUAGCCAAUAACUGGCAGGUGACAGCUCGCUCGGUUGGGAACAUUGUGGACCCCACAGAGUACAGACGCAUCAUCGAGGAGAUGGACCGCCGACAGGAGAAACGCUUUCUCAUCGACUGCGAAGUGGAUAGGAUCAACUUGAUACUCCAGCAG